CAACACUUUUUAGAAGGGAAUCAGCACUCAACCUUAUCCUUACUCAUACUUUACCAGAAGCACCAGCCACAGUGCGCCACACCAUGCCGGGUUUCCCUUCAGCCUCGCCCUCGCCGUGCCGGAACAAGCUCGAUGCCUUCAAACCUUGUCCAUCAACCAUCACAACUCCCUCUUUUCUCUUUCUCAGCCUCUACGAUACUGCAGUCGCUGCUAGGCUCAUUCUGCCAAAACAAUGUCGUCGUAUCUAGAGAAGCAGUCCUCCGUCUUCAGAGGCAGUCUCGCCUCGGCCGCGUCCAAGCUUUCAAACCCAUCCAGCAUCAAGGCCGCGACGGCCGCAUCUCUCGCUCCGCCAUCGCCAUCGCCCUCGGCCGCCUCAGAUAGCAAUACGCCGACGUCGAAAAGGAAGCGGGAUGUAGCGCCGGACGUGCCGUUCUCGCAGCCGCAGCUGACGGGCUACGGCGCCGAGGUCAAGACGCAGAUGACGUUUGCGGUGGACUACCUGAAGAAGAAGGGCGAUGCCAAGACCAUCACGGACAUCAUCGACCACCUGAGUCUGAGGAACUACACGGAGGAGCACAAGAAGGAGCUGAUGGAGGGGCUGAGGGGGCAUCCGAGGGUGGAGUGGAAGCCGGAUCCCAGUCUGAGCGAGCAGACGUGGAAGACGGGCACGUACAAGCACCGGCCCAUCAUCCCAGGGGUCAGGGACGCCACGUCGCUGCUGGCGCAUCUGCAGCGCAAGACGGACGCCUCGGGCGUGUCGGUCAAGGACCUCAAGGACGGCUGGCCCGACUGCGAGGACACGCUGGCGAAGCUGGAGAAGGAGCACAAGGUGCUGGUGGUGCGCACCAAGAAGGACAAUUUCCCGCGCUACGUCUGGGCCGACGACGCGUCCCUGCACAACCCGGUCGAGCCGGAGUUCCAGGCCAUGUGGCGCCGCGUGCAGCUGCCCAGCCUGGACGAGAUGCAUCGCAAGCUGGUGAGCGUGGGACAGAAGCCGACGAGCGACGACCCGCGCAAGGCGGCGGUGACGACGAAGCCCAAGCAGCAGAAGAAGAGGGCUGGCAAGCGCAUCGGAAAGGCGACGAAUACGCACAUGACGCAUUUGCUCAACGAUUACAGCGGAAUGAGGCGGUGAUUUUCCUCAGUCGGGCUGAAAAACUGUGGGAUGCUGAAAAUUGGGUGUACAUCAUGAUGAGUANGGGGGGGGG